AACACAUUACUAUUCAUAAUCAUUCAUUAUUGAACAUUGGUUGGAGGGGCCGUAGCUAGCCCUCUAUUCAUCUAGGCGUAUGUAUAUGUAUACGCGCCUGGGUUCCUGUUCGAAGCAGGCGCAUUGUAAUGGAGAGGCAAUAAAAGAAUCUGCUCCUGCAAUUAACAUGAGUGAACGUCGCAGAGGAACGAAAAGGAAGGCUGCUGAGCAAGCAGAAAUCAAGGCGAAACGUGCGAAGGGUGAGACGGAUCUAAGUGAUGACCUGAAAUGGGAGUACCAGGGGGAGGUUAUCAAAGGCACGUGCCCCUUGCUGUUGCUGGGGUCGAAAUCGCUGCCUGGAUGUACUAAAGCUGCGGGGUUCGACAUUGAUUUCACCGUUAUUAAAACAGCUAGCGGCAGAAAAUUUGCAACAGGAGCUAAUGAUUGGGAAUGGUGGGACGAGUGUGUGCCCGAGAAACUACGGGACCUUCAUCGGCAAGGUUUCCGGGUGCUGUUCUUUACCAAUCAAGCUGGUAUUGAGAAACUCAAAGUAACACCAGAAGAGAUCAAGAUAAAAGUGGAGGCCAUCAUAAAGGAACUGGAUAUCCCUGUUAUGGCAUUUGUGUGCACGGGUGAGAACCAUUACAGAAAACCUAGCACGCUGAUGUGGGACUUCUGGGAAGACAAUUUCAACAACGGGGUCAAGGUGGACCGUUCACAGUGUUUGUAUGUCGGAGAUGCGGCUGGGCGUGCCAAAGAGUGGAGCCCAGGGAAACCAAAGGAUUUCUCUUGCAGUGACCGGAAGUUUGCUGCCAACCUAGGCGUCAAGUUUCAGACACCUGAGGAGUUUUUCCUAGGGGAGUCACCUGCCAAGUUCAGCUGGCUUUCAGCCGACCCAGCCACAUUUCUAAAGGGGGCCAAGGAGGCUGCAAAGAAGUCCUAUCAUAGUUUGUCUCCAGAGCUAGCUAUGAUGGUGGGCCCACCCGCCUGUGGGAAGAGCACAUUCCGUAAGCGCUUCCUGGAGUCGCAUGGCUACGUAGCCGUCAACAGAGACACAAUGGGAACUGUGCAGAAAUGUGCCAAAGCAGCAAAAGAAGCGUUAAAGGCUGGGAAGAGUGUGGUAGUGGAUAACACCAACCCUAGUGUGACAGCCAGGAAGGAAUUUCUCGACAUUGCCAAAAAAGCAGGAGUUCCCUGUCGCUGUUUUGUAAUGGCCACGCCCCUUGACCUUGCCCACCAUCUCAACUAUGUUCGCCAGAUACAGACGAACGCACGGGUCAGACGCAUACCUGAUGUGGGCUACAACGUUUAUAAGAAAAACUAUGAGGCACCAACCAAGGCUGAGGGCUUCACGGAAAUUAUUAACAUUGACUUUGCACCGAAGUUUGACAGUGAUAAGGACAAGACAUUGUUUCUGCAGUGGACAUGAAUAUUGGGUCAAGUAUGCAUAUACUACUUCAAUGUACAUGCAUGUGGAGCAUAGUAGGGUACACAUGGACAUGAAGGGAGGGAGGGAGAGGAAUUAAAUAUUGGCAGCAGCACUAACAUAUCACUAGUGUUCUAAAAACGCACAUCACCAAGACAUACAUUGUACAUGUACGUACAGUUCAGGCUGUAUCAGAAGUUUGAAUUUCUUUUACAAAAAUGAAGAAUAUUGUACAUCAAUGCCUUUUAACGUUUUCAGGCACAUAAUAAAGGUAGACUUAAUUUGAAUCCAUUAUUUUCUUUAACUCAUUUGUCUUAAAAAUGUUUUUUUUAAAUAUAUUAGUGAUAAUUUGGCACAACUUUAGCUGUGAUGUUUUGAGGUCACAUCUAUAUAGCUAUGAAUAAAAACAACAACAACA